CGGCCGCGGCGGCAGCGGGGCCAUGGCCGCCGACGUGUUCAUGCGGCCGGCGCGGCUGCUCGGGGCGGCGGGGCCGCUGUCCCCCCGCACGGAGCCCGACGAGGACUCGUCGGACACGGACGAUGGCGGAGCGUCGCCGGGCGGGGGGCGGCGGUGCGGACCGCGGCGGGGGCAGCCCCCGGGCCCGCAGAUCAUCCACUCGGGGCACUUCAUGGUCUCCUCGCCACACAGCGAGCACCCGCCCAAGAAGGGCUACGACUUCGACACGGUCAACGAGCAGACCUGCCAGACCUACCAGUUCGGGGCGGCCCGCGGCGGCGGCGGCGCCGGCGGCCGCCUCAGCAUCGACGCGUCCCUCACGAAGCUGUUCGAGUGCAUGUCCCUGGCCUACAGCGGAAGGUUGGUUUCACCAAAAUGGAAAAAUUUUAAGGGAUUGAAGCUUCAGUGGAGAGAUAAAAUCCGUCUCAAUAACGCCAUCUGGAGGGCCUGGUACAUGCAGUACCUGGAGAAGCGCAAGAACCCCGUGUGCCACUUUGUGACCCCCCUGGACGGCUCCGUGGACGUCGAUGAGCACCGGCGGCCAGAGGCCAUUGCAACAGAGGGGAAAUACUGGAAACGAAGAAUUGAAAUAGUCAUUAGGGAAUACCACAAGUGGAGAACAUACUUCAAGAAAAGGUUACAGAAACACAAAGAUGAAGAUCUUUCAAGUUUGGUCAGGGAUGAUGAUGUGGUUCUCUGGCAAAAAAGAAGGUAUGGCAGAGAAACCCCUGUCCCCAUGGAGGAAGGCAGCCUCUUGGAUGCAGACAUGCUCAUGUCCGAGUUCACCGACACCCUGUUCUCCACACUCUCUUCACAUCAGCUGGUUUCCUGGCCAAAUUCCAGGGACAUAGGACACUUAGGAAAUGCUGACAUGAUUCAACCAGGGCUUAUUCCUCUCCAGCCAAAUUUUGAUUUUAUGGAUACUUUUGAGCCUUUUCAGGAAUUUUUCACGCCCAGUCGCUCCAGUAAUUAUUUCCCUUCCGUGUCUGCUGUCAGCUCAGCUACCACAGACAGCAGCAGCCACUCUUCCCAGUCUCCUGUCCUGCCGUCGGGUUCGUUGCCCAGCACGCUUCCAGCAGGGAACAUCAGCGAUGGACUGAUUCCUUCCUCAGUACCUGCUCCUGUCAUUCCUAACGUCGUUGCUGACCAGUGUUCCAGCAUUAGAAGUGGGGGAUCUUUCAUCCAGCCACCAGACUUCCCUCCUGACUCGUCUCUCAGCGGGCCACAAACUUUUAUGUCAGUGUUCCAGACGCCGCUGCCGCUGCUGCAGCCCACGAGCGCACAGCAGCCCGCGGUGCCGCUCAGCUCCAGCCUGAGCCCCGCCCCCGCCGCCUUCGCUGCUCCAGAAACCCCCAAGUUCGGCCUCUGUGAAUCCUCGGUCAUCACUCACACGGCUUCUGCCACGCUGACCCACAACGCCCCUGCCACCACCUUCAGCCAGAGCCAGAGCCAGAGCCUGGUCCUGGCCACGCAGCAGCCGGGGGCAGGAGUGCCUUGUAACCUGGCCUUCCAGACUGCUGUCGUGCAGGGACAGCCCCGGCCCCAGCUGCAGUCCCAGCUGACAUUUGCACUCCCCAAACCUGUUCCUCUGGCCAGUGCUGGGACGAGGCCCAAACAGUCACAAAAAAUAGUGCCUGCUCCGAAGCUUGAAACAGUGUCCUUAGUGGUAAAGAAUGCCUUCAUCACCCCAGCUGCCUUUCAGGGACAGUCCAGAGCUGUGAUUGUAACUCCAGCACCUUUAAAAAGAGAGGGGAUUUUGACGCCAGCCACGUCUCAGUCUAAUGUUGCAAUUGCACCAGCUGGAAUUGUCAGAGCUCCCGGGGUGACGGAGUUCCGUAGUAACAUUCUGGUUGGUCCAGCACAGCGAGCACCAAGUAGUCAACAAAGCCAGUCCACAGUCUCACAUCUCUUUCCUCCUAGUGUAGUCCAAGAUGUGUUGGUGAAAGGAGAGCACAUCCCUUCCCACUGUAGCAGUUCACAAGUUCCCUCACCUACGCCUAGCCGGGACUGUCAGAAUUCAGGCCAGGCUUCCCCCUGCACCUCUGAGCAGAGCCCCAGUCCACAGUCUCCUCAGAACAGCUGCUCAGGAAAACCUGUCACUGACCCUGCUGUGGCUGCACUUAAGAAUCGAAGGAUGAGGCAUCUUUCAGAACAAAAACGAAGGUCUAAUAUCAAGAUUGGUUUCAGUGCUCUGAACAGCUUGGUGUCAGCCAACUCCAAGUCGAUCAGCCAUGCCAUCACACUCCAGAAGACAGUGGAAUACAUUGCCAAGCUGCAGCAGGAGAGGAGCCAGAUGCAGGAGGAAACCAGGCGGCUCCGGGAGGAAAUCGAGGAGCUGAACGCCACCAUCCUUUCUUGCCAGCAGCAGCUCCCUGCCACCGGAGUUCCCGUAACGCGGCAGAGGUUUGACCACAUGAGGAAGAUGUUUGAUGAGUACGUGAGGAGCAGGACCCUGCAGAACUGGAAGUUUUGGAUUUUCAGCAUUAUUAUUAAGCCAUUGUUUGAGUCCUUCAACGGGAUGGUUUCCACAACAAGCUUUAAGGAUCUGAACGAAACUGCACUGGCUUGGCUGGAUCAGCACUGUUCUCUUCCUGUUCUGAGGCCAAUGGUGCUGAACACCCUGCGGCAGCUGAGCAGGAGCACCUCCAUCCUGUCGGACCCGCUGCGGCUGCCGGAGCAGGCGCGGGAGGCUGUGACGAAGGUGAACAAGAGAGCUGGGGAGACCUAACAACCAAAGACACUGAGGUGCUUGUCCCAGGGGUGGAGAACCUGCCAGGCCCUGCCUGCCCAGGCUCCUCCAGUCAGUGCACUUUAGAAAGGAUUCUCUCCAUCACCCGAGACAUUGUUCAGGGCACCUGGCCCUGCCUUGCGAAGAGGUGCAGGUGAUGCAGAACGUUUGGAUUCCUCUCCAGUGCUGUGCUGUGCUCUGUCAGUGAGAAAAAAACCACCAAGCUCAGGUAAACUCAGCAGGUUUGAGCCCUGCAGGCAGCAAUAGAUCUCCAUCAAUGCAUCCUUAUGCAACUAAUGGAACGCCCUCAGUUCUCUGAAGUGUAAAUCCUGUACACCAAGGAAUGUGCUCUUCAAGGGGAAAAAAUACUUCUGAUUUCAUGAAGCAAAAUGUGCUUUUUAUUUUGUUCUCUGGUAUUUGAUUCCAUGUGUUUUACUUGAAUAGUGAAAAUUGUUAAACAGGAUCAUAUGAAAAACCAAAGGAGAAGAAAAAUCUGUCAGUGAUGUCAACUCAUGGCAAAAAUACUAGAAUUAAAAUCUCAGGCUGUGUUUUGUGUAUUUUUAUUUUAAUGAGUGUAUCAUUGCAUUUGAUCAGUUUCAAUACAUGCUUUAUUUUCUAGUAAACAAAGUAGCUGAUUUUUUUUUUUUAAUAGCCAUUGCAAGGGAGUAGCAGGCUGUGCAGUAAGUGCAAGAGAGCAGUUUUAGAUUGUAUAAAUUCUGCAGUUAGGACAAAUACAUGAAUCUUAUAUCAGUUUAAUUAAUGAACUAUUUUCUUGCACUCUGGACAGUUCAGCUGCCAUCCUCACAAAAUGUGCACAUAUAAAUCACAUCCAUAGGUAAAUGUAGUAGCACUUCAGAGACAAGAAUUGAGUUUGCAAUGUUAAAAAAAUUGGCUUUUUUAUUAUCUCAGAAGCUAUAUCAAACCACACAGACUUGCAGUCAGUUCUUUGCUUCUUUGUCUUUUUUUGUUUCUUUUUGCCUUCUGUCUGAAAAACCUGAAGGACUUUGCUAGGCCUGGUCUGUAUGGGAAGGUUCUGUUCAACGAGAGUUAUAGAACAUGUAAAAAUAAGUUUAAAACUCAAACUACUGCAUAACAUUUUUCUGUGACAAUCUCAGCACAUACUGUGCUCUGCUGCAGUUCUGAGUCCCGUUCCAGCAGGGAUUGUCCAUCCCAUGACCCUUGUAAUUCCACUUAUGGCUUGAUCCUGAUUGUUCAGAGCUCUGCAAACAGUGGGAACACUUCCCUUGAGUAGUUUUCUUCCAGUUCCAAGGGAGGCUGGAGGUGCUGUGCAGCCUCUCACAGUGGGAGAAUGAGGAAUGACUGGAGCACUUGGGGGUUGCACACUCUGAAAUGGGCUCAGUAGGUUCUCCUUGGGGAAAGGAGCUUUUCUCAGCUUUGUCCCCAAUCUCCUCCACUUGCUGGGCCAAGGUUUGGAAGGAAACCAUGGGCCUGGGGAGUAGGGCUGAGCACAGGUGGAGGUUUUGUUCUUGUUUCUCCUUUGUCCUGAGUUCUUGCAGCUAAUGGUUUUCCUUGCAGUGUUCCUUCUGUGAGAGCAGCACUGUAGGAAGGACAAGGCACAAAAGGUGAGCCUCUCCCUGCAUGGAGGGACUGAGGACUGAAGGGGAAGGCAGAAUGGCAAUAUUGUACCAACACAGCUUCCUCUGUGCAGGCUGUGUUGGGGGACAUGCUUUUCUUUCUCUUUUUUUACAGUAGAUUUGACAAAUAAUUUGAAGUUUGUGGCACAUGUGAAAACCUGUGUCCCUGUGACAGAAGCAACAAAAUUUCAAGUCUCAGCCAAGGAAUGGUGUGCAAAGGUUGUCAUAGUAAUUAAAUAGUGAGUAGAUUUUCUGGAGGGAUCCAUUCCCAGAUCUUUCAUAAUGUUGUAAUCAAUUAAGCAAUAUUCUUUUGGAUACAUCUGGGUAAGAAGUGUUAAAUAAGUAAAUCAUUUUUUGAAUCAGUGCUUUCAAUCCUCCAAUUUUUAUCACUAGUUGUGAAUUUGACUCCAGUAAAAUCAUUUUACACUGUGAUAAGCUGGGGAUGUCCCUUAUGUCCUUUCCUUGGAAAGGACCUCACUGUCUCUUAAAAACAUGUGUGGGUUUCUAGCAAGAAAGCAGCAGGCACAUUGUCCAAGAGCUGGUGUUUUUGCUGACCUUUUCAGAUGAGCAGAUUCUCUAAUGCCUCCCCUGCAGUGUGGCCUCCUGCUUGUCAGCAGUGAUGGUGUGUGAUUUUUACCAUUUCUGGUAUCGGUGGCGUGGGAGUUCUGUCCCAUCAAUCACAGUGCAGUACAAUCAUCCUUCAGGGCCCAGGGGUGUCUGAAAAACUGAGACCCAGACAUCCCAUAUCUCAUGAAUGGAUUGGAAACUUAAAGCAACCUUUAAGGAACAGCAGGGGUAAUUCACCUGAACUGCCAAAAACUUUGUCCAUUCACAGUUUUGAUGUGGAUGGAAAACUCAUCCAGCAGAUUGCACCAUGAGCUGGUUACAGUUGGAGGGGAAGUUCCUGUUUAACAAAUUGUGGUGCAGAAACAAACUCAAAGAACUGUUAAAAAACUGCAAAUCUUUAAGAGAAAAGAAAUAAGUAUUGCUUAGUUAGGCAAGAGUGUAGGAGGGGGGAAAGGAAAAGUGAAAAGAUUCUUUCCACUAGUGCAAUUACAAGAAAUGAUGUGGCUACUCUUUGAAGCAGUGAUUCAAUAUGUUCUUGUCACCCUAUUAUUGCAGAUCAGAAUUCUUUUAUCAGUCAGCCUUGUGAGGAGAGUGGUUUCACUUCAUUUGGGAACACAGGAGGAAAAAAGCUGGUUUAUGUCUCACAUCUGAACAGUAGAACCACUAAAGAUUGGUAUGGAAAGAGAUGGACCACGUAUGUAUUAGUUCCUGAAUAGUUUUCCACUUAGACUAAGGUGUUUAAACAUAAAUCAUUCUUUCUUACCCAUGGAGGAAUUGAAAUACUUUAUUUUUUUCAAAGUUUUGUAAUUUAAGCACUCUGAUUUCCUCAGUGUCACCAAAGUAAACAAGCCAAACACACAGUGCCUAUAGUCUGCACAGAAUUGCAGGUGCUGCACAUCUGUCUGGUACUAAACUUUUGGAGAACCCCCAUAGAACUGAAUACAAGUUAUGUUCUAUCAAAUCCAACGUGUUUCACUCAGUAAAGGAGUGUCUAAAUAACUUACUUAUGGCCUGUGAUAUGCACAAAGUCUUUAUGGGAUUGUCUGCUGGUUCCUUCUUACCUCAAACUGUAUUAAUUGGUAUAUUGUAGAUGGCCCCACCCCAAAGACAAAUUCUGGAGAACUUGGGCAUUAUCUGGUGUAGUUAUUAGCUUGUAUUGUAGCUAUUGGCCUCCUUUUAGCAGGAGGAGUAAGGGGUGAAGCUCCAGGAGCAAACUAGAAUUGAAGGAAUUUCUGAGGAGGAUCAGAGACAAGUGCACACUUCACCAUGACAGUCUGAUCUCUGCACAAAACCAAAGGAUUCCUGGUUAAUACCAUGUGACCUGACUGGAAUGUUCUUCCAUGCUUUUCUAGACCCCUAGAGAAGGCUUCCUUGGAAGAAGGGGCUACCAGAAUGUUUCCAUCUGUGCCUUAGAUCUUGGUGUCACGUGUGCAUUUGAUCAAUCAUAAGUCACCCAUUGUUCCCCCUAAACUGAUGCUGUGUGGAAAAUUCAGAGAAUGGAGGAAGUGGGGCUUCCCUGGCUUUGUAGAGGGUUUUAUCUGUGAGGCAUUACUGUGACUCUUUCAGACUGAGGUUGUGAGUAACUGUUUCUAUGUUUGGAAAAAAUUGCAUCUUCCCUGCUGAAUCCACCCCUCUCCACUGUCAUGUGCAGAACACUUGUGCACACAGGGACAUAAUCUCUGCUCUGCCAAACCCAGGAAACAGGCAAGGCCUUACUACAUCUGAGAUAGAAAAAGAUGUCUUUGAAAAGACAAAGGGCUGUCAAAUGUAUUGGAAAACUGCAUCCCUUUGUAUCUUCAGGUUUUUUUACAUUCCUCUGUGUGUGUGUGUGUUCACAUCUGGUAGAAGGGACAGGGACAGGUAAAUUUAAUUUUGCUUGCUUUUAAAGCCCAAAACUCCUAAAAAGGAGUUUGAGAACAGGAGAGAGAAGCUCACUGCAGAAAUGUUCAGUAAGGUAAUGCUUACUUGUAGGCUGUUUCACUUUCUCAGUUUCUGGAGUGGAUAGUUCUUGCCUUGAUGUUGUCAGCUAGAAGGUAUUGCUGAAAAUUGAAUGGGUUUUUCACUGUUUUCUCCUUUUUCUUUCCAUUUUUUUGGUUCCUUCCCGCAUUUCUUGCAUGGAAAACCACCAAGCAACAAAAGGCUGAUGACAUCCAGUUGAGGUUCUUUAGGGAUUCAGUCACACCAGUCUGGAGGACUGUGGACAACUGUUGAUAACUUCUAGGAGUUUCUUUAAUUAGGUGAGACAUCAGGAGUUUUUCUGUUACUCUUCAAUUUUUACACUUGAGUUGCAGAGGACAUUAUUUGGUUUGUGUUUUUUUUUUAAUAGGACUCCAGUAUUUUUCCCACAUCAUCGGUUAAAGCUCUAGUUGUCUUUGGUUUCAUUCUUGGUUGGAUUUUCUGCUCAUAUACUGUGUAGAGCAGAAGUGGUAGAACCAAACUGUAGCUUUAUCUGUAAAACUUGAGUUCUUCAGUUACAGUUACAGUAACUUCAGUUACAAAGAAACACACCUUUGGUAUAUAAUGGAAUUAAUUUCUAGCCACUCUCUGAACUUUUUAUAUCUGAACUUUUCCAACAUGAAUAAGGUUUUCAGUCAAAAGAUAUCAAUGUUUUGAGCAAGCCUUUUAACAAUACACUGAAUAAAUAGAUUGUUUUCUUCUUCUAACCUUGUAUUUAAAUGUGUUUUAAGUGAAUGGAAUUCAUUCUUGUUAAGAAAAAAUGAUUAAAAAAAAAAAAGCUUGAAGGUAUGAGGACUUCAGGUUGUGCUCUUGCUUUGCUUAGGUUUCCUGUUCUGUUGCAUGACAACUUCUGUUGUGCUGUUGAUAUGUAGCACUUUUCAGUAGGUCUGUUAAAUUGUGCAAUGCAUUUUUUUAUAUUUACAACCAAAACAAUAAAGGAUAUUUUUUGGAAGAAA